CGCCAUGAUGGGGAGCGGCGGGAAACACAAAUAAGCUUUUCGUCGUGCAUUUCUAUGGGAGUCGAUUUAUUUCUGUUCUUGUGGAUUGUAAAGACUCUUCAGCAUGGUUCAAGAGUUUCAUGUUCUGAGAUGUUUUUCCUGUCAGACCUUUCAAGUGCAGCAGGUGAAAAAGGCUAAGAAAUGGACUUGUAAAGUGUGCGGUGAAAAGCAGUCGCUGAUAAAGGAGUUUGGCCGUGGUGCUGCCGCUGACUGCAGACGCCAUGUUCAGAAGCUCAAUGCUCUGCGUGGGGAGCAGCACCAGCUCAACACUCAAAAGCUGCUGGAACAGGGGGAUGAAGAUGAAAAGAAUGAGAAUGAAAAUGUUUAUGAAGUUCUGGAUCAUAAAUCAGAGCAGGAAGAGGCUCAUGUCAGCCGUUGGAGUAAAUACACCGAUCAAACUGCUGAGGGUCCAAACGAAGAAGAUGAGGAAGAAGAUGAGAAUGUUUACACAGAAAGACCCCAAUUCAGAAUCCAAGGAACAAGGAAAAGGAAGAAAAUGUCCAGUUUAGAGACUUUUGGUGAGAAUUAUGAUAACUACGAGGAGUCAAGAGCUGGUUAUUCGAAGUUUAAGAAACAGGCUUAUCUGCCACUACAAGUUGAGAAGAGGCCCAGUUCAUCAUGGAAUAAAGGAAGCGUUUCCAAAUGUUCACACAGUGACAGGCCAGAUGAUGUGGACCCAAGUGCUAGCACAAAACUCUCAUCAUCCCGACAGGCUGUUGGCCAUUACCCUAUAGCUUGCUUUAGUUCUGCAAACACCAUGGAAAACCCUGUUGGAAAUAAACAGCAGUUUGAAUCUUCCUAUAAGCCUCCAACUGCUGAUGUAAACAAGCGCCCUCCCAUCCAUAGCGAAAACCACUCUGUUUCUUCUCAUCAGCCAUUUGGUGAAUCUACGAUUGAGAACAAGGACUCCAAGUGGAGUAAAUUUCUCACCAUCAUCCCCACUCAGGACACAGAAGAGUAUGAUUAUGAAUCUCAAAAUGGUAAGAAAAUGGGUAUUUCUUAUUUCACAAAAGCAGAUACUGGUGUGGAUUUUGAAGAGCGCCAAUGUCCAGCAGAUGAAAAAAAGGACAGUGGUGUUCUAAACAGACAGAAGGACGUUGGUGGAAAUGUAUCCUGUCCAACUACCAGUUUCACAAAGUCUGUAGGCUUUGAAAAUGCAGUCUGUAAACAACCUGUACUGCUCAAGGCACCAUAUUCAAGCUUAUCUUUAAACCCACUGUUUUGUACUGAUGAAGACUUUGAUGACACAUUUUAGGUAAGUUUUUUUUUUCAAGGAUGCUUAAAUAUGUUAAGGAAGAAAUA